GGGGGAACAUUUAAAAGAUUUCACCACCCAUUCAAUACUUGGCUGGAAUACGAUGUUCAUAAUAUUAUGAAUCCAGAGAACAAGCCUGUGAGUUUUACGACAGCAAAGCAUGUUGUCAAAGAGGCAGCUGCUGGUCGUCCUUUAGCCGAGGCUUUCAUUUCCGAUUGUGAAAGAACUUGGGGGAAAGGAAAACGUGUCUCACAAAAAAGGAAGAGGUACGGUGAUGACAGUGAAGACACCAGUCCGCCUACAGUUGUUACGGCAACCAGAACAAGUUCCGUCAUCAACAUUAUUCAAAGUAGCAAGAGUGGCGAACCAAAGGGCCACAGCAGCGCAAACAGUAUAGAAUUUCAAUAUUUGUCGGAUGAUGACGUGCCUCCAUCUUCACAAACAACGCUGGCCGAAAAACUUCAGUGGAAGGCAGUUCCUCGCGGCGACGAUAGACGGCCUGGUCUCUCAAUAUUUAUGAACCUCAUUUCAGUUCUAGGAGUCGUUGCGAACGCAAAGGCGCGACAAAAAAACGAAGAAAAUAUUGAGAUUGAGGUUUAUUGGAACAGAUAAAGACGUGCAGAAAGAAAAGUGGAGAAAAAUACCGCGAAGAAAGAAGCAUAACACCCGUUGAAGCUCAGGCAGCUAGGUGUUCGCGCAACCAGCCAACUUUUGAAGCGCCAGUACCUAGUACUAUUUACGAGGCCGAACUGCAGUCCAAAAUUGCUGCCUGGAAAAGAACAUAAGAGAUUUCAAAAAACCCAUCGAAUAAGUUACAAAUUUCUUGUCUAAAUGUCUUAAAUGAUGUUUUUUUUUCUGUGUCCUCGCCAUGCCGUGUUGGCCACAUUGCGCCUUUCUAGUCUUUGUGCCGUGUUGGUAUGUUGCCAGGACGAACUGGAUUUAUCAGUGACUU